AUGAGUUCCCAGCCUGUCAGCAGUCCCCUUACACAAUCGGCAACGUUCCUAGUAGUGUCUGCGACGGAAUCGCCGGAUGCCAUACAAACCAUUCGUGAGGCACUGUCUUCUGUUGGCGAUAUAACUAAAAAUGUAUCCAUUCGCCAUCCUAGCUCAAACCUGAGCUGUGUCGUCGGUAUUGGAAGCUCGAUUUGGGACCGUCUGACCGGCCUCCGCAAGCCAACGGAGCUGCACCCGUUCCCAGAAGUCCGCGGCGCCAAGCACACGGCCGUAUCAACACCUGGCGAUAUCCUGUUUCAUAUACGCUCAGAAAGGAGAGACAUCAGCUUCGAAUUCGAGACCCAGCUCCUCGCUAAACUUGGCGAUGCCAUUAAAGUGAUCGACGAGACGUCCGGUUUCCGAUAUUUUGAUGCCCGAGAUCUGUUAGGCUUUGUUGAUGGAACAGCCAACCCGGUUGGACCAGACGUGAAUGACACGGUUUGCAUCACUGAAGCCGAUGACGCGACGGCAGUAGGUGGAAGCUAUAUCGUGGUGCAGAAGUAUAUUCACAACAUGGAUGGCUGGCGGAGUUUAUCGAACGAACAACAAGAAGCCAUCAUUGGACGAACAAAGCUUGAUAACAUUGAGCUUGACGAUGCUGAACAAGGACAGCAGCAGGCCCAUAAGACUCUGGCCACAAUUGAAGACGAAGAUGGUAAUGAACAUGACAUUUUACGGGAUAACAUGCCUUUCGGCUCACCAGGCCACAAAGAGUUUGGAACCUACUUUAUUGGGUAUUCCAAGAAGCUGUGGGUUAUUGAAAAAAUGAUGGAGCGCAUGUUUAUUGGCAAUCCUCCAGGAAAGCACGAUCGCAUUCUUGACUUUUCGACGCCGCUAACGGGCACGACGUUUUACGCACCACCGAGCUCAGUUCUCGACAACCUGGGGUAA